AGGCGGCACUUCCCUUCCCUUUCUGUGAACUGGGAGGUGAAGCCCCGCACUGGUCGAACAGGUUGUGACGGGAUGGGGAGGGCAGAGAGGGCAUGUGACACCGUUUCAGAGUAGCACGUUGCCAACACGCCCUUUUUCUCUGGGCGGCACAUGGAUCUUGGCCCCGGCUUGCGGGAGGAAGGAGGGCUUUGGCCGAGUCGAGGCUUGUGUGGGGCGUCCGCGCUCAGCAACUCGGGCCAGCCUUUGCCGCUGUCGUCUGAAUCCGAACCGUCAGCCCCGCCCCUCUUUUCUUCCUUCCCAGGAAGUGGGGCGAAGAUAAAAGUUCAAAGAGUUUUGUUGGGCUGCCUUCAGGGAAAUUUUUUAAAAAAACCAACCACAACAAAACAACAAAACCACCUAUGUGGAAGAAACUGCGUUGGAAGCAGUCGCGGACUGUCGUUUUUUGGAGCCUCAGUCUAAAUGGGUCCAGUUAUGCCUCCCAGUAAAAAGCCAGAGGGCUCAGGAAUUAGUGUUUCGAGUGGAUUGAGCCAGUGUUACCGGGAUAGUGACUUAUCAAAGACGCUUCAUGAUGAGGAGGACUUAGACUUUUCUUUACCUACUUUCCGAUUGGAAAAAGGUCCCAUGGAGGAUGAAGAACUAACCAAUUUGAACUGGUUACAUGAAAGUAAGAACUUGCUGAAAAGUUUUGGGGAUUCGGUCUUAAGAAGUGUUAGUCCAGUGCAGGAUGUUGAUGACGACACCCCACCAUCUCCUGCUCAUGCUGACAUGCCCUAUGAUGCUAAGCAGAACCCCAACUGCAAACCACCCUAUUCCUUUAGCUGCCUCAUAUUUAUGGCCAUUGAAGACUCUCCAACCAAACGGCUGCCUGUAAAGGAUAUAUACAACUGGAUUUUGGAACACUUUCCUUAUUUUGCAAAUGCCCCGACGGGAUGGAAAAACUCUGUGAGGCAUAAUCUGUCGUUGAAUAAAUGUUUUAAGAAGGUGGAUAAAGACAGAAGUCAGCUCACCCCCUACAUUUUGUUAGAGCCAGGUGGUGCCCACACAUCACAGUCCAGCUGUGCAAAAGUGUGCAUCUUUUACCAGGUAAUUCUGUUUGUCCAUUUAAUUGACCCUGAUCAGCGGUCAGCUUUGGAGGAGAAUCACUUUGAAGAGAAAGUUGAGUUGGAGUCUCCUCUAAAACAUCUCUAA